CGAAGUGGAUUUCGCUACGGGUCUUCCGUACGGCUGGCGGGAGCCACGACAAAUGGAUGAGGUGGAGGAGGAGGACGACACGUUCGAGGCACGCCGCGGCGGUUGGUUCGGCGUCAUCUUCUCUCUGCUCAUCGUUGUCGGCGUUCAAGUCGCAAUGCUCAUGUUCGUGCUCACACGUCCCGAGGGUAGCACGCAGGUCGAGCUUGGAAGUACAGGCGGGGCCAAGGCCGAUGAUGAUUUAGAGGUAGCACUGCUGAACGAGGAGGAGGAGGAAGAAGAGGAACAGGCCGAGAUUUCGUAGAUUCGCUUGAACAUCAGAACAACAAGAAUGGAUGUAGUGCGCAGCUAAAUUGAUAUCAGUGAAUCAGAAACAAAGAGGUGCCUGUAUCUACGAAAAUUUGACUCAGAUUGACGCUUACGAUUGUCUUGUUUACAGCAGGAAAUGGCUGCUGGAGUUCGUCGAGGUGCUUGACAGAUUUGCAGUUUACUCUUCCAAGAAAAAAAGCUUUCCUUGAGAGGCUUCUCAACCAGCUGGAAAUAAAUGUACACAGCUUCAUACACAAUGACCGUACCGAAUUUCACACCGGAUUGCAGAAACAGACUAGCAGCAGUUUACAAACUUUAUGUGCCUAGAUUGGUGGAGUUUUCAGUGAACGAUUUGCAAAGCAUCAACUACCACGUACGAAAUUAAAUAUGGAGUCGAGACAAGCUUCAAUACAUAGAAUUGUCGUAGCUCUCGCUGCUCUCCUUGCUUGCUUCUUAAAAUUAAAAUGUAUCAACUCAAUGUUUCACCUGGAAUUGGAAAGUAAGGAAGUUACCUUGUAUGAAAAUGAGUAAGAAUGUCACAGACUCAGGCAAGAUCAAAAAGUUAGUAAAGAGAGUAUCAAGGUGACACUACGACUUCCAGUUGCCGUCACGACGAAGUUCAAGCUGCCGCACCCCGGUCUCGAACCUCGCAAAAUACUGACACGCACUGCUACGAAUUGCUGUACCGAUACCAACUUGGUUCUAGAAGUUCAGUUAGACAUCAGUGUGAGGGAAGUAGCUACUGAAUAAAACCCCAAAGAAUGUUGAUGGUCGGUUGACUGAAUUGGGAAAUAAGAAGACCUUUAACAGCGCUACGUGUACAAUGGCAGACAAUUACUAGAUGCAGAUAAAAAACAAGGUUGGAG